AUGAGCACCGCUGCAAACCCCUAUGCUCCCUACCUCGCUAUCAACCCGACUGCACCCCUUAGUGCCAUCACCACGCCUUACCCUCCGGCUGGGCCGGUCCUGCAAGCAACCGCGAGUCCAUCACUCGUACCCCCAGCAGACCGACAGGCGAUAAUCGCUCUGCCGGUCAAGGCGCCGCAUCAGUGGAAGCGAGCAGUCAAGACGGGCAUGUUUAUCAACGAGGAAGAGGUGUUGAAUGGAGAGUUGAUACCAAAGGGGCCUAUCGGAGGGCAAGAGCAAGCGGAACAGGCGGGUUGA